CGUUGUCUGCAGUACAAUCGUUUCGAAACGAAACCAUCCAAAUCCAUUUCUACCAUGAAGGUCUUCAUUGCCUCCGUUGCUCUGGUGUUGCUGGCCGUCGCUGAAGUAUCCUACGCCGGUGGCGUUGUGGCGGGUGGCUACGCCUCGGCCUGGCCAGUGACUUCGUCGGUCGCAUACCCGGCCUACGGAGUGUAUGGCAAGUCGGUGCUUCCGUGGUCUGCUAAGUCGUACUCGUACCCGGCGGCCUACAACAGCUGGCCAGUAGCCAGUAAGGUGGUGUCGUACGCAGGCCCAGCCUGGUAUGGGGACAAGCUGUGGAGCUACGACCGAUACGGAUAUGGCAGCGGCUACGGCUAUGGUGGCUACGGAUAUGGCGAUGGCUGGGGCUACGGCUACGGCAAGGCGUACCCAUCGAAGUACUGGUGGUAA